AUGGCAUCGUUGCUGAAGUCUUACGAGGCAGACUUCCAGGCGACGCUGGAGCAGUGUCAGAGGCUUCUCCGGCAGGCGCAGGGCGAGCCGGUCGCGCAGCGGAACGCCACGUUGCAGACCCUGGAGCAACACAAAGAUGACUUGUACGAUAUCUUGGACCAGAUGGAGGUGGAGGUGAACAAUAUGGUGGGCGACCCCGCACGCCAGGUGGCGUCGCGGUCGGCGCUCCGAGACUUACGACGCGAGGCCGGGAUGGUGAAACAGCAGUUGCGGGAGUUGAUGGAUGCACGUGAUCGUGAUGCGCUCUUCCCUGCCGGCGCUGCGGACAUGGACAAUGAGCAGCGGCAGCAGCUUCUAUCGAACCACGCGAUGCUCCAGCAGACCGGCGAACGGUUGGUAGACGCCAUGCGGCUGGCCAACGAGACCGAGGGCAUUGGUAACCAGGUCAUGAUGGACUUGCGCUCACAGCGGGAGACAUUGGAACAUUCGCGCCAGAACCUCUUCCUGGCGGAUUCCUACGUGGACAAGUCCGUGCGCACGUUGAAGACUAUGAGCCGACGGCUCGUGGCGAACAAGUUUAUCUCGUACGCGAUAAUAGCCGUGUUGAUCUUAUUAAUUUUGAUGGUGCUAUAUUCUAAAUUCAAGUAA